AUGUUUACACGUCAGCUGGGCCUUUUGGGUUCGUCUCAAAGACUUGCAGUCAAAAGGUUAUGUGCCAAGAGAAAUGUCAAGACGUCAACCGUGGACUGGAAGCCUAUUAAAACAAGCAAGACUCCCGGCGAUCAUGAAAGGAAAAGGGGAGGAUUUGGUAAAAAGAUUGCAUUAGGAUUAAUGAUUGCUAUGCCCGUAAUAUCAUUCUAUUUGGGUACUUGGCAAGUACGCAGACUGGAAUGGAAGAAUAAUUUAAUUGCCAGAUGUGAAAGUAGAUUGACUUAUCCACCAGUACCCUUACCCAAGAGGUUCACACCUGAUCUAGCAGAAAAUUGGGAAUACCGUAAAGUGCUACUCAAGGGUCACUUUGUGAAUGAAGAAGAGAUGUUUGUUGGACCUCGUGUGAGAAACAGUAAGAAAGGGUAUAUUUUAUUUACACCAUUUGUGAGGAAAGAUACUGGUGAAAAAGUAAUAGUAGAAAGAGGUUGGAUUUCUGAAGAGAAUGUCAAUCCCCAGUUAAGGAAACUACACCAUUUGUCUGUUCCAACAAGUGAUAAUACUGAAAUCAUGUGCAUGGUGAGAGUCCCACGUAAAAGAGGAUCAUUUCAAUGGGAAAAAGAGGAUCAAAAUUCAAGAUUAUGGCAAGUUCCAGAUGUGCUUGAAAUGGCUUCUGUUACAGGCUCAACCCCUCUGCAUUUACAAGCGGUUUACGAUUUAAGUGAUCAUAGAUGGGACGAAUCACAAGAACAGGAGAUCGACACAGGUAAGAAAUCAAGUUCUUGGGCAUUCUGGAAAAAAAACGAGAGUCAAACUCACGACUCUUCAUCACAAAAGAAACAUCAAUUGGAACCCCUGGGAGAAUAUACAGAAUGGCAAUUUGUACAAGCUGGUGUUCCCAUAGGUAAAGAACCCAAGAUCGAUUUGAGAAAUAACCAUUUACAGUACUUAGUGACGUGGUAUGGAUUGUCAUUUCUAAGUACUAUAUUCCUGAUAGUAGCAUUAAAGAAGUACAGAAGGGGAUCUGCAAUAUCGCAAACCCAAUUGAAAAAGGAGAAAUUAAGGCAUGCCAAGAGAUUUAUGUGA